AUGCAUGAAAAGCAAAACGACCCUGAGGAAUCUCCACAACAUAAAGUUGACAAGCAGGAAACAUUUGUCAACAGCCCACUUCACGAGGCCUGCAGGAAGGGGGACCUGAACCGAAUGAUACGAAUCCUGUCCAAGGGUUUGGUCGACAUCAACAGCAGAGACGAGAAGCACGGAAGAACACCACUCAUGGUGGCAGCAAAGGAGGGACAUUGCAGAAUGUUUAAAAAUCUUAUGUUUAAAGAAGCUAAAAUGUCAGAAGUUGAUAAUGAUUGUAAGAACGCCCUGCACUGGGCAUGCGAGGGCGGACAUGCGGGUAUGGUGGAGUGUGUACUCCAACAAUACCGUAUUAACAUCAAUGCUAGGGGUAUGCACCCCUUGAUGCAGGCUGCACAUGGGGGAUACAGAGACGUUGUGGAGUUUCUCGUGUGUACCGGAAGUAAUGUGUCCCAAGUUGAUGACGAAGGCAACAACGUCCUGCACUUUGCCUGCCGUGGUGGACAGUUGGAUAUAGUGAAGUAUCUAGUUUCACAAGGCAGUGUUGAUAUUAACAGUAGUAAUAAACACGGUAAGACCCCUUUGAUGAUAGCUGCAAUGCACGGAUACAAAGACGUCUUUGAGUUCCUCGUGAAAAUGGGAGCUAAUGUGUCACACGUGGAUAAUGACGGAGACAACAUCCUUCAUCUGGCCUCUUCACGUGGACGUGUGGAGAUGGUGAAGCACAUCCUGUCCCAGAACCUGGUCGACGUUAACGCCAGGAACAAGGGUGGGAAAACGGCAGCCAUGAUAGCAAAGCGUGUAUAA